AUGUCUCUCAAGCCCGGUGACGCCUUCCCCGCCGACGUGGUCUUCCAGUACAUCCCCUGGAGUGAGGAAAAGGCCGACGCGAAGGCCUGUGGGAUCCCCAUCAACUACAACGCCUCGACCGAGUGGGCUGACAAGAAGGUCGUGCUGUUCUCUGUGCCCGGCGCCUUCACUCCCACCUGCUCCGAGAACCACGUCCCCGGCUACAUCCAGAACCUGGCCAAGCUGAAGGAGAAGGGUGUCGACGUGGUGGCGGUCAUCGCGUCCAACGACCCCUUCGUCAUGAGUGCCUGGGGCAAGGUGAACGAGGUGAAGGGUGACGAUCUGCUUUUCCUGUCUGACCCCGACGCUCGCUUCUCCAGCAGCAUUGGCUGGUCCACUGGUCCCCGCACCGGUCGCUAUGCCAUUGUGGUGGACCACGGCAAGGUGACCUACGCGAAGAUCGAGACCGAGAAGGGCGUCAAGGUGUCUGGAGCCGAUGCCGUGCUGGCCAACCUGUAG